GAAAAAAAGUUUAGAUAUUGAGCUUGCUGCCAUUAAAUUUCGUAAUUCGAUCAGUCAAACAGAAAAUAUCCGAGCAGAAAAUGUCCGUAAUUUUACAGCAGGCAAUACGCAGAUACGUAACCACAACGCUCGCAAAUUACGGGAAAGUUGAGGGUCCCUCGGCCGUGUCAGGAGGUCACGAAGGUGGCUACAAAAUCUGGAAGAGGCUAACUUAUCUUCUGGCCUUUCCAGCGAUCGCCCUGUGCGGCGCCAACUGCUACCUCGCCCAUCAAAAGGAGCACGCCGAACAUCAUCGUCCUCCGUUCGUCAAGUACGAACAUAUGUACAUUCGAACAAAACGAUUCCCGUGGGGUGACGGUAACCGUUCCUUCUUCCAUAACCCGCACACCAACGCUUUGCCCGAUGGUUAUGAAAAUGAGCAUUAAGGAUUUGUGUACCGGUUUUGUUUAUUAGUAAGAAAAUAGUCUUGUAUAGAUAAUUGAAUAAAUGAGUACGGAUAUCGUAAACUAA